AUGCCUCUGGUAGCCAAAAAUAUGUGCCUUUCCAGCCCUACUGCCUUUCUAUCGUCUACAUCAUCUCCCCAUGGCUGCAUCACCUUCAGCUCGCCUUGCCCUCAUCUCUCUCUUCCCCUUUCUCCCUCCCUUCCGUCUACUCUUACAUCUCCUGUUCCUCUUUCGGGUCGCCGCUCUCCUUGCCUUCCAGUAGCAUGUGGAUGGCAGUCCGUUACCGAAGAGGAAGCCAAAUUAACUGGCGAUGUGGUCUUCCACCAUCGACCAUCUGCCGCACCACGUCUUCCUUCGCCUUCCGGGUUUCCGAAACAAGGCAAUCUGAAUGGUCCAGGCCUAAGCCCCGGCUGCGGAGUGCCAGUGUUCCGGCGUAGCUUUACCAACACGCGAGAGCGCCAACGCCAACACAGCGUCAACCAAGCUUUUGCCGACCUCCGCGCCUUGUUGCCUACACAUCCUCCUGAAAAGAAGUUGAGCAAACACGAGAUACUUCGACUUGCGAUCAAGUAUGUCCACGUGCUUGAAGCUGUCCUACUCUACCAAGAGGUCGUCGAUGGCCUGCCACCGGCUCCUAGCAUCUUCAGGAUGCGUAGGAGGGCCACUACAGCUGCCGGCGGGAGUAGUGGUAGUGUCAACGGCGCAGCAAUAUGUUCUGCCACCCUCCUGCCGGGCUCCGAAAAGGUGACAGCUCGGCUCAAAGACUCCUCCGUCGUUGACCCUCUCUGCCGUGACUACACGGGCUUUGGGUGCUUGAACUGGUGGACAACGGAAUCGUCGGACCCUAUACCGGUUGUUCUGGAACCUGGUUGCACCUGGGCUACGGCGAUGGCUGAACCAAAUAUUAAUGAGGAUGAAGCAUCAAAAAGCUUUUUUUCAGACGAGUCAGAUCAAGAGUAUCCGCUCUCACAAAGUAGCUAG